AUGGAGUUAUCCACUCCUGUCCCCGUCGGGAGCUCCCUUGCUAGAACUGCGGUCAUGGCCCUCGUCAGCCCCAAUCUCAAGGUUGGUCUGCAGAUAACCAAUCAAAUGUGUGUGAGGGGGAUGCGACUUCAAUGCCAAUUUUCUCAUAGACUACCAUCUGUAGCUUGUUCAAUGUUGUUAAACACACAACCUUCACAACGAACCAACCAUAAAGAUUGUGGUUUGCUUCAGGUGCAAUGUACAGGAAACCUGAUGCAGUCGUCAGUAUCUUUCAGUGACUUCUCUGUUUCAGCGUGUACUGAAGAGGAUGGUCUGAUAAAGCUACAGGUAAAUGUAUCUGGCACAAUGACAGAUUCUAUCUUCGAGAAAGUUUUCACAAAGAAUGUUGCCGCCGCACAACCCCUUCCUGGCUUUCGACGAAUGAAAGGCGGGAAAACUCCAGACAUACCGAAAGAAGUCGCUCUACACUUAAUUGGACCAUCAAAAGUGAAGAAAGAAACCAUCAAGAAAAUUAUAAAUAGCACAGUUGCUGAGUAUGUUCAAAAGGAGGGCCUGACUGCAUCGAAGAAUCUGAAAGUUCAGCAGAGCUAUGAAGAACUUGAAGCAGCAUUUGAACCAGGGAAAGAAUUUUGCUUUGACGCAACAGUUCAUUUACAAUAA